ACCAGCAUUUCAUUUCCAUCUCUGUUUCUCCACCCUGUGACUUAUUUCAUAUAAAGCUCAUUGGGAAAAGGUUUGCCGUGGUAAUAUAGCCGUAACGAAUCGUACAGACGGUGGAGUAUCUUUACAAUGAUGUCUGUAGUACAGCUAUGUUUUCUACUAUCAGCGCUUGCAGGAUUCAGUUACUCUAUAAUGUGUAAUUAUUGCACGGCAUAUGAUGAUAUUCCACGCAAUUGCACAUCAACGAUAGAUUGUCCAGCUAAUUAUCGAUGUUCAGCCACGGUUACUGAACACUACAAAGAUUUUUCCAAGGAAAUUAUGGAAACUUCCGUUAUCCAUCGCUGUGUCCCAGAGAGCUAUUGUGAUACCUUUGGAAGUUACAGCCUUCAAACGGAAAGAAAAUGGAUGGGUAUCACCUGCUGUGACACUGACUAUUGUUUCCCGGAUCAACUUGCAGAUAUAAAGACAAACAAUGAGCUCACUGGAGUAACAUGCCCAGUAUGCUCUUCUAAUACUUCUUCCACUUGUGAACCUGAAGGAACUAUGCAAUGUCGAGGAGAAGAAUAUAACUGCAUUCGGAUAUACACUGUAACAAAGUACUAUUAUUACGAGUCUGUUUUUUACAACGGUUAUUAUUAUAUGGGAGGCUCAAAGACUGUGCAGGAGGAGAGUUCCAUUCGAGGUUGUGCCACUGAUUCGUUUUGUGACUUUGGCAGUGAAAUGAUGUUGGGAGAUCAUUCCAGAAUGGAAACAAUAUACAAUUGUACCGAUGGCGCUGAAGAACGUUCUGGCUUCCCCACUACUCUGAUCUUUUGUUGUAUUGCUCAAAUUUUGCUCUAUUUGUUCAUUUUUUAAAAAUUGCACAAAUAUUUUUAACCACUUAACCCCCGAGCCUCUUUCUGAGAUUCG